GAACUGACGCUGGGGCCGCGCUUGGAAAAGUCGCCAGAAAUGUCAGUUAGCAAGUGGAAAUCACCGGAAAAACUACGCAACGCGGCAAAAAUUCAAAGCGACUAUCGGCAAAUCGGCAAGCGGCAAAACAGCAGCAGCAAAAGCAGCGUGAAAAGCAGCGCGGUCGACGUCGUCGGGAGCUGAGGUGGAAUAGAGUAAAAGAAUGCACGAAUGCGAAACGCGACAGCAGCGGCGGCGAAUGCUGAUAACAAAGCGUGCGGCGCGUUAAUAACAAUAACAACAACAGCAAAAAGAGUCGCGCGUUUAAUUAACAGACAGCCAAAGCAAUAGCAAUAACAACAGAAGCCGAAGCAGAAGCUGGCGGCAGCGCAGUCCGCGUCAACGUCGCGUGUGGGAGUUUAACAGUUUCCUUGCCCAAUGCACGACGAGCGAAAAACUGAUAAAAACUGCAUUUGAUUGCAAUUUUGGCGGCAUUUGCAAACCGAACAACGGCGAACGCGCAACGCAAAAAGAAAUCAAUAAAAAACAAAACAAGCAAGCGGUAAAACGGUUCCCCCCACCCCAAACAAGGCAACAAUGAAGUGAAAUACACACAAGUUGUAUCCGAUAAAUAAUCGCGAAUCGUUCAACUUAAACUUGCAAAUUCAAUGCUUAACUCUUAGUUACUUGAUAAUAUUAUAAGCAAAUGCAACCGUUCCGUUCCGUGCCGUGCUAAUGCAAAUCGUAUACGACCUACAGAUAAAUCUGUUAACUUAACCUAAGUGCAAUAACUAAAACAAUCCAACAUACGAAUUAUAUUUCUAAGGAUUCUGCUUCUCAACACUUUAAUCGGACUCUAACUACUGUACGCUCGGCAAGCCUUUAAGCUAACGUUACAAACAGGAACAACGAUAGACGAGACGAACUGUGUUGUCCGUUUGAUUGACUAGCCUGACUCUUUGCCUUGGUUUAUUGACUGCAGCAACCAAACAAAAAAAAACGGGAAAAAAAGAGGAAAAGCGCUGAGCAAUAUUUCUUUAUUGAGGCUCGAGUCAUCUUCAAAAAAAUAACAACGCUAAGGAAAAUCUCAACGGAAUGGAAAAAAUGUUAGGCCACGCCGAUUGUCAAGCGUUGACAAUUUGACGCUGAAAUCCUUGGACACAAUUCGCUCUUCUCUUAGCGCCAAUCGCGAGAGAAGCGUGCGAGUUACAAAGGAAGAGCGAAAGAGACCGAGAGCGCCAGCUAGAGAGCGCAAUACAACUCUGAGUUCAAAGCUCAACACACACAUACAAAAGCUAACGGCUACGCACAAAAUGCAACACAAAAUGAAUCUGGCAACGCUGCUGGCGCUGUUGCUGCUACUGGCCAGCAGAAGGAGCUCAGUGCUGGCGGAUAGUCCACAGCAUAUGGGCGGCGGCGGCAUGGGUAUGGGAAUGGGCAUGGGCAUGGGAUCACACUCAAUGGAGGUGAGUCCAGCGCCUGGCUAUGGAGUGCCCGCCAUACCAAAGGAUCCCAAUUCGCGUUGCGAGGAAAUCACGAUACCCAUGUGCCGGGGAAUUGGCUACAACAUGACAUCGUUUCCCAACGAAAUGAAUCACGAGACACAGGACGAGGCGGGCCUGGAGGUGCAUCAGUUCUGGCCGCUGGUCGAGAUCAAAUGCUCGCCGGACUUGAAGUUCUUCCUCUGCAGCAUGUAUACGCCCAUUUGUCUGGAGGACUAUCACAAGCCGCUGCCUGUCUGUCGCAGUGUCUGCGAACGUGCUCGCUCCGGCUGUGCACCCAUCAUGCAGCAGUAUAGCUUCGAGUGGCCCGAACGCAUGGCUUGCGAGCACUUGCCGCUGCAUGGGGAUACCGACAAUCUGUGCAUGGAACAACCUUCGUAUACCGAGAGCAGCGGCACCAGCAGCGGUGGUGGCAGUGGUAGCAGUUCGGGCUCUGGUUCUGGUUCUGGAGGAAAGCGUAAGCAGGGUGGCGCCAGUGGCUCUGGUGGCUCCUCAUCGACAGCCAACAAGUGCAAGGGCAAGAAUUCAAAAAACUGCCAAAAUCCCCUAGGAGAAAGGGCAAACGGAAAGGAGUGCACAUGCUCAUGCCGAUCGCCUCUCAUCGUCCUGGGGAAGGAGCAGCUCAUGCAGCAAUCCCCAAUGCUGCACCAUCACUGGUACAUGAAUCUGACUGUCCAAAGGAUCGCAAACGUACCAAACUGCGCCAUACCGUGCAAGGGACCGUUCUUCACAAACGACGAAAAGGACUUCGCCGGCCUGUGGAUCGCCCUGUGGUCAGGUCUAUGCUUCUGCAGCACCCUCAUGACCCUAACCACAUUCAUCAUCGACACCGAAAGGUUUAAGUAUCCUGAGCGACCCAUUGUCUUCCUUUCCGCCUGCUAUUUCAUGGUUGCCGUUGGCUACUUAUCACGGAACUUCUUGCAAAACGAGGAGAUCGCUUGCGAUGGACGUUUGCUGCGUGAGAGCUCGACGGGACCGCAUUCAUGUACUUUGGUCUUCCUGCUCACAUACUUCUUUGGCAUGGCCUCAUCCAUCUGGUGGGUCAUACUCAGCUUCACCUGGUUCCUGGCCGCUGGCUUGAAAUGGGGCAACGAAGCCAUCACCAAGCAUUCACAGUACUUCCAUCUUGCCGCAUGGCUUAUUCCGACGGUGCAAUCGGUUGCAGUCUUGCUGCUGUCUGCCGUGGAUGGCGAUCCCAUUUUGGGCAUCUGCUAUGUGGGUAAUCUCAAUCCGGAUCAUCUAAAGACCUUCGUACUAGCACCGCUGUUUGUAUACCUCGUCAUUGGAACCACCUUCCUCAUGGCUGGCUUUGUGUCGCUCUUCCGCAUCCGUUCGGUCAUCAAGCAACAAGGCGGCGUUGGAGCCGGCGUCAAGGCCGACAAGUUGGAGAAGCUUAUGAUACGCAUUGGCAUCUUCUCCGUGCUCUACACAGUGCCAGCCACAAUUGUCAUUGGCUGCUAUCUCUACGAAGCCGCCUACUUUGAGGACUGGAUCAAGGCACUCGCCUGUCCCUGCGCUCAGGUCAAGGGACCGGGCAAAAAGCCGCUGUACUCGGUGCUCAUGCUCAAGUAUUUCAUGGCACUAGCCGUGGGCAUAACCUCGGGCGUCUGGAUCUGGUCCGGCAAGACGCUAGAGAGCUGGCGUCGCUUCUGGCGACGACUCUUCGGAGCGCCCGAUCGCACUGGUGCCAAUCAGGCGUUGAUUAAGCAAAGGCCGCCAAUACCGCAUCCAUAUGCGGGCUCGGGAAUGGGCAUGCCCGUGGGAUCGGCAGCGGGAUCGCUGUUGGCCACGCCCUACACACAAGCGGGCGGUGCUUCGGUGGCAUCGACCAGCCACCACCAUUUGCACCACCACGUUCUCAAGCAGCCGGCGGCCAGUCAUGUAUGA